CGCCCCCUGAAUGUCUCAUAAUAGCAGCUGGGGGCUCACACAGAGAUAGCAGAGAGCAGACUGAGCAGGGACACUCAUCUGCUGCCUGGCUGUACAGUAGAGACAUCACCGCUUUGCCUGCCGCUUUCUUGUCAGAAAAUACACAUUAGCGACUUCUCCGACUUUCGCACAGCCGCAGGCGCAUGCUCAGACCCACUGACGGUGCAGUUGUUUUAUUCAGGAACUCAGAGACACAGCAAAGCUUUCAAGAUGACAACUUCAUGGAGCGACCGACUGCAAAACUAUGCAGACCUGCCUGCCAACAUGGAUGGUCUGACAAUGAAGAAAUACAGAAGAGAGCCAUACCACAGAGUGUUUGUCAACAGAAGUUUGGCCAUGGAGAAGAUUAAGUGCUUUGGCUUUGAUAUGGAUUACACUUUAGCAGUGUACAAGUCACCAGAGUACGAGUCAUUAGGUUUUGAGCUCACAGUGGAGCGGCUGGUUUCCAUCGGUUAUCCUCAGGAGCUGCUCAGCUUUGUCUACGACCCAUCCUUUCCCACCAGGGGCCUUGUGUUUGACACCAUGUAUGGAAACCUGUUGAAGGUUGACGCCUAUGGUAAUAUCCUCGUCUGUGUCCAUGGAUUCAACUUCCUUCGAGGCCCUGAGAUCCGCGAACGGUACCCAAACAAGUUUAUCCAGAGAGAUGAUACAGAGCGUUUUUAUAUCCUCAACACACUCUUCAACCUGCCAGAGACCUACCUCUUUGCCUGCCUUGUGGAUUUCUUCUCCAACUGUGACACAUACACAAGCUGUGAAACUGGCUUCAAAAAUGGUGACCUCUUCAUGUCCUAUAAGAGCAUGUUCCAGGAUGUCCGCGAUGCUGUCGACUGGGUCCACUUCAAGGGUACUCUGAAGGAGAAGACGGUUGAGAACCUGGAGAAGUAUGUAGUGAAAGAUGGGAAGCUGCCUCUUCUCCUCAGCCGAAUGAAUGAAGUUGCCAAGGUUUUCUUGGCUACUAACAGUGACUACAAAUACACUGAUAAAAUCAUGACCUACCUGUUUGACUUCCCCCAUGGCCCGAAGGCUGGUACCUCCCACCGGCCCUGGCAGUCCUACUUUGAUCUGAUCCUGGUGGACGCCAGGAAGCCGCUGUUUUUCGGGGAGGGCACAGUGCUCAGACAAGUAGACACGACAACAGGACGUUUAAAGAUAGGAACAUACACAGGACCUCUGCAGCAUGGAAUAGUUUAUUCUGGAGGUUCCUCAGACAUUGUGUGUGACCUGCUGGGGGCCAAGGGGAAGGACAUAGUGUACAUUGGGGACCACAUCUUUGGAGACAUCCUCAAGUCCAAGAAGCGUCAAGGCUGGAGGACGUUCCUGGUUAUACCUGAGUUGGCCCAGGAGCUGCACGUGUGGACCGACAAGAGCUCAUUAUUCGAGGAGCUGCAGGGCCUGGACAUCUUCUUAGCAGAACUCUACAAACAUCUGGACAGCAGCAGCAACGAGAGGCCAGACAUCAGCACUAUUCAGAGAAGAGUCAAGAAAGUGACACACGACAUGGACAUGUGCUACGGCAUGAUGGGUAGCCUUUUCCGCAGCGGCUCCAGACAGACCUUGUUCGCCUCGCAAGUGAUGCGUUACGCUGACUUGUACGCAGCCUCCUUCAUAAACCUGCUGUACUAUCCCUUCAGCUACCUCUUCAGGGCUGCACACGUACUGAUGCCCCACGAGUCGACGGUCGAACACGCACACGUGGACAUCGACAUGGAGUCACCGCUGGCCACUCGCAACCGCACCCACUGCAGCGACUGCAAGGACCUGGAGUGCAAACGCAACCAACUGACCCGCUCCUUCAGCGAGAUCAAACCACCCAACCUGUUCCCCCAGACUCCCCAGGAGAUCACUCACUGCCACGAUGAGGACGAUGAUGAAGAGGAGGAGGAAGAGGAGGAAUAAGCUUGUAUUGAGAAAAAAUACGUUCCUGUUUUCCUGUUCCUGCCUUCUUUGUUUCCCAGUAGAGUCAGAUAGUUCUCUCUCUCAAAUUGCAGGAAGGAAAAGCAUCUCCAGUAUGUGUGUGUGUGUGUGUGUGUCUAUAUGCCAAUACUGUAUGCACACAAGCACACACACACACGCACACACACACUGGGGAGUUCUGAGGAAAGUAAAAAGGACCAGUAGCGAGACAGAUCAAAAGACUGUAUGCAUGCUUGGUCCUCAGAAACCCAACUGUUCCUAGCUUCAUUUAAAAAGGGAAAAAGAAAAAAACAAAACAAAAAAAAAAAGGUUAAUGGUUAAUGGUUUUAAUCGAUCUAAUUUGAUUUCUGUAUAAUUUUUCCCAUCAGACAGACAGAACAUCAGACUCUGUGAGUUUUAUAAGCUGACUUCAGAGCAAUCUAUCAGAUGUGGUUCGUAAACUGUAGUUUAAUCCUGACUGCCACAGUUUGCAUAUUAUAAUCGAAAGUAACAGUUUGCAGUCACAGUGUCAUAAAAAAGAUCCACAUACUGUAUCACAACACUUUUUUUUAUGCAACAUGGGAACAACAUGCAGUUUUUCGUCUGUUUAGUUGUGUCCAUUUUCUUGUCAUUAUACAGGACUAUUCUCUUGUAACGUGUGUGUAAGGGUGUGUGUGUUUCUGUGUGUCUGUCUGCCAAAGUAGACUCACUCAGAUGGCAGCAGCAUCCCGAGGGAUGGUAAACUAAGCGUCCAUUGUACUAAACUGAAGCACAGGAGCACUGAAGCACAAGCUGGCGUUAAAACCAAUCCACAACCAGAUGCAUUUUAUUUGAACGGCACUUGAACUGAUGUUUUGUUACCAAGCAACAAUGAGGACAGCUCUGUAAACGUAUUUUCUGCCCAUAGACUCUAUGACAACCCUGGACUACAGUAGUGUUACUGUAAAUAGCUAUCAGGUGGAUGGUUUGAUGCCAUGAGCAGCUAACAUGCAGUAUUUCUUCCACUUGGUUAUUUAGAAAGAUGAAACUUGAGAAUUGCAUUCAGCUAUUUCAGAGAGAUGCAUGACGUGAGCUUUGUCAAAGUGUAUAUCAGUGGCCUCAGUAUGCAGGGAAACGAGGCCUUUUAGGAUGCACAGUAUAGAGCUAAGUGCAGUAGGUUGACCUGCUUUGUUUAUCUUCUUGGCUUUGGGGCGUUGUUGGGCGUUUUUUGUGUAUCAGCUGACUUUAAAUCGUUUACGUCAUCAUCUGGGAGAUUCAUGUCGACAGAGCGUGUGUGGUUGAGUGUGAACAGUAUUCUUCUGUCAGGCCUCUAAACACUGUGAAGUGACCCUUUCAUGAUAGGGUUGGUUUGAGCUGUCAUGACUAGUUCAGAACUGGAUGAAUAUCUCUGAGUUUAAGCAUUUGACUCUGCAUUUGCUUUGAAUGUGUCGGGUCAACAAAAGACACCAUUGUUGGGUAACACUUUUUCUUUUAUAACCAUCAUUAAUAAAUGGUACAUUUACAUUUAAUUAAACUUAAGUUAAUAGUUUUUUGGCUGUUAACAAACAUGAAAUGCUUUGUAAACUAUUUAUUAGGCAAUUGUUUAUUUUUAUUUAUUACGUUUGGAACUGAUUUUUAUAAAGAUUUAUAACGGCAUAGUAAGUGGUUUAUAAAGCACAUCAUCUUUGGUUAACAGUGGAAUAACUAUUAACGAAACACAUGCAAAAAAAGAACCUGAGUAGGAAUGCAAGAAAUAAAAAUGUUAAAAAAAAAAUAAAAAUAAAAAAAAAGUUUAAAAAAAAACCCUAACCUGCUUAAGAAAAAAAAGGAUUUUAGAAUUUGCCUAAGGCUGAAAGUUGUACAAACAGGUAGUGGGAAUAAAUCACAUCGAAUAUGAAGCAUGUGACUUAAAGGUGCAAUAUGUAAGAAUUUUAGUUUGAAACAUGCAAAAAUUGACCAAAGUUACCAACAGUGUGAACAAUUAAAUACAUGAAUAACAGUGCUGACGUUAUGUCAAAGACAUCUAUGUCUUGUGUCCCAGAAAUAUCUACUGAAGUUAGCAUGCUAACCAGCUAGCCCAGGAUCAUUCUACCACUUUGUAUCUCAAGAAAGGACAGUCUGUUUAGCCCAGGCCUCUGCAGGUUGGUGCUGACUCUUUCCUGCGAGUCAGAAGCCUAGCUGGAGCAGCUGUAAAUCGCCUUUGUGCCAACAAUUACGGGGUGCUGUGAGUUUCCAGUCCAGGCAUAUUCAGCUAAUGAGACCUCUAGCUGCAAGGCUAAUUGAGCCAAAUAGUUAACUGCAGUCAGCGGUUACUUUGCUGACGUGCUGUUCCCUUUUCGUCUGAAUUCCACAGGAAACCAAUUCUUACAUAUUGCUCAUUUAAAAAUCCACUGAGGCUUCAACUGGAGAGAUGAAAAAUGUGUGAGACAAACAUCAGAUCUGAGGCAUGAGGAGACCGUGUAGGUGAAACAAAUGUAAAUGUCAAUUUUUUUGUGCUAGAUUGGGAUGGAGAUUUGGCUAGUGACCAAAUUACCCACCAACCGUCACCAGACUUUGAUUCAAUUGUUGCUAAAACCUGAUUGGUUGAUGGAAGUAUGUGACAUCCAUCAGCUUUUUCCAGCAGAGCUCAAAAGUGUAACGCAGAUCUGUUUAACAUGUGUCCAAAUGCAACAUUGUUAGCAUGUGCGACACCAUGAAAGCUGCCUGAAUGUCAAACAUGGUCUUUCCUGUAUGUUUUAACUUUCCUCGCCUUUAUAUUCAGUCUCGACAUGUUGUGUGGGUCCUGUGUGUUGGAUCGGCCUGUUGAUUUAGGCCACAAAAGGGAAAAAACAAGCCGUCUACUUUUUGCAUUUUUUUAGGUUUUGGCCUGAUGUGGUGUGGAGAGAGGUGAAUGUGUUAAGCUGUGUGAUAAUUCAAUGGAUGAAACCUUAGAACUAUAUUACAACUGUUUGUUAUCCUUUAUUCUUUUUUCUAUCCUUUUUUUCCUUCAUUUUUUUUUACAAAUGAAAUAUUUGUAUUCUCAAAUUUGCAUUGGUUUGUUGAACAGAUAGUGACUGGAUAUGCUACAUGAGGCAGCUGCGUUGCUAAUAGUAAAUAGCUGACUGUCUUUUCUUUGCAUAAUUUGCAUAUGCAUGUGAAAAUACUAAGCAUAUCCGUUGUGGCAGGGGGUUUAUGGUAGCAUUGGUUUGACUUCUACGUGGACUGCAUCACUUUAGGAUAAAAAGCUUUUUUGACUUUUGUCAUUGUAGUUUACAUGGGGACAGAAAAAAUAUAUAAAAAAAACUGUAAACCUAUAAAAAAGAAAAACGUUAGAAUGAAGGGCAUGUGAAGUACCGUAACAAAAAAUGUUCCUUGUGUUCAACACCAUGGGGUUGUUUUUAUUUUUCUAAGCUAGUGUUUUAAAAUUGUCUUGGUUUACAGAAGUGUAAAUAGACAUUUCCUUUUCUUCUUCUUACCAUUUUCCCCCAACUAUUAUUAUUCUUUUUUUGGUUAACUUUUAUACAGUACAGUUUAAAAUAACUACAGCCUGGCGAACAGGUUUGAAGUGCUUUAGAUAAUUUUUAUCUGUUGUUGUGAUGCAGCCACAUUAACCGCAGGUGCCAAACAGUCACCUUUCAUUUUCUAAACUAUCUUUUGUUUUUAUGCAUAUCAUUUCCUGUUCUCCCAAGCAGUGUUUUGUUUGUUUGUUUCCAGAAAUUACCAUACAGACUGUAAUUACAUAAAAAUGUAGAAUAAAGAUAGUUUUUCAUAAUU